AUGGAUUCAUAUUCUUCAUUGCCAUCCAUGAAUCAACAACAACAAGGUGGAUAUGCCGCAAAUUCACUUCAAAAUAAUCCUGCCUUGUUGCAACAACAGCAACAAACUCAACCGCAGCAAUAUACAAAUAAUUUUAACUCACAACUUCAAGCUAAUCAAGCUAAUCAAAGUCCUUUGAAUAUGAUGUCUGAACAAUCACAACAUUCACGAAAUUAUGGGACAAUAAAUAACCGUAACAUUCAACAGUUGGGGGAUAAUGGAGCUAAUAUUGCAAACCAAUAUAUUUUUCAAAAUCGUCAGUCUUUACCUGCAACCUCCGCUAAUCAAAUGCCACCCAUCUCAGCUAUAAAUAACCCUGUUUAUAAUAAUAAUUCAAAUAUGUUAAACUAUCAGUCUCAAGGUAAUAUCAAUGGUAUGGGUUUAGAUUUUCCACAACAUAAUUUCAAUCGUGCAUUAGGACAAAUGCCAACUGGUAAUGAUGUUCCCACAAAAAAAACCAAUUCAUCAUCUACUAGUGUAAGAUAUGAACCUGCACCAGAUCUUACACCCGUUCAAAAACAAUAUCUUGAACAAUACGUUCGUCGUGAUAUCCUUUAUCAAAGGGCAUUAGAACUUCAAAUGAAAAGGCAAACGAUUAUUGUGAUCGAUAAACGUACAGAAUUAACACAAGCCGAACACAGGCAUCGACUUUCAUCAUUUGAAAUCGAUGGAGCGGAUGGUUAUAAAUUGAGAGAUACAUUUACUUGGAACAUGAAUGAAACUUUCAUUACACCUGAACAUUUUGCAGAAGUUCUAUGUGAUGAUUUACGUUUCCCAUCUUCAACAUUUGUUCCUUUAAUUGUCAAACAAAUGCGUGAUCAAAUACAAGGAUAUAUUCUCAACCCUUUACAUUCUACGGAGCCAACCAAAUGCAAGUUAGACGUUGAUGCAUUUGCUAAUUUAAUCAAAUCGUCAGAUAAUGUAAAAUUGGAUAUUGUUAAAUGUGAAGAUGAUAACAACAAUGAAUCCACUUUAUUGAAUAAUAAUCUUGAGGAUAGUAUUAUUCACGAAGAGUUACGCAUUUUAAUAAAGAUAGACGUGACAGUUGGUAAUAUAUCUUUGGUUGAUCAAUUUGAAUGGGAUAUUAAUUGUCCAAAAAAUGAUCCAGAAUUAUUUGCGGAAAUUUUGACAACCGAAUUGGGAUUAGGGGGUGAAUUUAAGACUGCUAUCGCACAUGCUAUCCGCGAACAGGUACAAAUAUAUGUAAAAUCACUAAUUUUGGUUGGUCAUCCUUUUGAUGGAUCCCCAGUUCAAGAUGACGAUCUCCGGCAAAGUUUUUUGCCACCCAUCACAAAUAUUAUUCGAAAGGAAGACUCAGUAGACCAACAUACACCAAUAUUAGUCGAAUUAACGGAAGCUGAGAUUGACAAAAUUGAGAAAGACAGGGAAAGAGACGCUAGACGAAAAAGACGUCAGACACGUGGAAGACGUGGCGUUAUCUUACCAGAUCGGGAACCACCAAAAACUCAUCGUACCCUUCUUCAUAAUACUAUAACUAUUUCGGAUCCAACAGAUGAGACUGGUUUUCUAACGGUUCUUUCUUCUGGGAUGCCACCCGUACAACGUAAAGCAAGUUCUAUGGGAUAUGAUAAUUAUUCUGCAAUAUCUGAAAAAGCUUCCACUUCUUCUUCAGGAAAAGUUAAAGGACGCGGACGUACAGGUGCAAAUGUUGGAAGCAAUCUGCGUGGAGGUAUUCAGGUAAACACCCCAGAUUUCACCGAUAUAAACAGUUUUGGAAGAUCCGGAUCGGUGGGUCUUAGCCCCCCUAAAGAAUCGAAGGAAGGAACAAAAAAACCUCACCGAAGAACAGCAAAGAAUGAAUCAGAGGAAUGGCAAUGCGAUGGUUGUGGAUGUUCUUUAACAUCAACUCCAUUAUUACGAAAAGGUCCUAAUGGUGAAAAGACGCUAUGUAACGCGUGCGGUAAGUCCGAGAGUGCAAAUAAUGGUUGGAGCCUCUACUUUCAAAAGAACAAUUCACUUCGGCCAAAUCCUCUAAAUACGAACGAAGUCGGUACCAAUCUACUACUUACGGAAAAUAAUUCUUCGUCGAUUGCCUCCAUUUCAACAAAUAGUUUACAACAUAUAAAGAACCUUCAGGAUAAUCCUGUAUCCUAUACUCAAUCUAUGCCUACUACGACUAUUGGACAAAAUCCAUCAGUACGCAUUGAGUUAUUGGAUGAUCAACAAUCAUCCAACACUUUAGUAGAGAAACAGUUACUUUCACAAGAAGAAAUAAAAAAUCAAGAUAAUAAAAAUUUAAUAGAAUCUAGUGGAAUAUCUAUGAAUUCCCUUAACCCUAAAAUUGUGAUUACAACACCUUAUAUCCCAAACUUAAUUUCUAAGGCAACAGCUCCCCCAACUUAUCAAAAUACUGCUAAUUCUGUAAAUAUUAUUGAAUCUAAUGCGACCGCAACUGCAACCUCGUCAAAUACAACCGUUCCCAAUGUAUCGCUACCAAAUAAAUUGGUUUUCCCAGAAUGGAUUAUUCAGCAACGCGACCAAUUGCAAGAAAACGGUGGUAAUAAUAGUAAUAUUAAUAUUGUAAGUGGGAGUAAUUACACUGAUAGUGAUAUUCAAAUUCUAGGAACGGAUAAAUCAAGUAAUAUAAUUCUACAUAACCCUAGUCAUGAGGUAACUGCCGUUGGAGUCUUUAUCGAUAAUCGUAAUGGUAUUCCUCAAACACAAACUUCCACCAUAGCUUCACCCUUCAAAUCUAAAGGGCCCUGA